AAUGAGGGGAGAGAGAGAGAGAGCGAGAGAGAGAGAGAGGGAGGGAUGAGUGUGAGUGAGAGUUUGCACCAGAGACACAGACAGUUCUAUACAAGUAGACGGACAGCAAGGGGUUCAAAAAGACAGAAAUCCAGUAGAUCAGUCCAGAGGAGAAGGUGAUGAUGAUCGUCGUCUUGUUAACCACCGACUACCAAGACCAAUGAGUGAUAUUGCUGUCAUGAAGAUGCUGCUCUCCCUGUGGAUCCUUAUGGUUCUGUUUCCAGCUGAUUCAGCUCACAAAGGCCUCUUCUGUACUAAUGACCUCGUCAGAAAUGUCAGCUGCAGUUGGACCAGCUCCUGGACGGGUUCUGACUGUUGGAUUUCUGGAGUGAAGAAAAUUAAUAAGAGGCCAAAAUAUGAGCUAAUUACUCAACACUGUAAGAUGAAACAACAUGGAAAUUCUCCUCCAGGCUGCAGUUUUGUCUUUGAAAAAACACAUUUCUCUGGUUCUGAAAUGAUGCCAAACAUCAGGAUGACAUGUAACGGAACAUUGAUGACAAACAUCACAAACUACCAGCCAAGCAAGCAUGUUAAAAUGCAUCCUCCAGGCGCUCCUCGUGUCAGCAUCACCGUCAACGACACRCAGAUAUGGUGGAGUCUGGGAGAACCCGUCUCUUACCUUUUCAGAUCAGAGUUUGAGUUCCAGGUUCAGGUCAAACAGAACAUCCAGUCAUGGGCGGAGUCCAAGAACUUUCCUACACAGAAUCAUCAGGAGCUGAGGAUACCUGUUUCGGAGCUAAGUGGUGCCUUGCAGGCCAGAGUGAGAGUCAAGCCUAUUAACAGAGAAAAUAGCCACUGGAGUGACUGGAGUCCGACAACGUCCUGGGAGGUAGCAACAUACAAAUUGGGUCCAUCGACCAAACAAACCAUACAAGACUGGUGGCUGGAUUGGACCCAUCAGCUGGUGAUGGGAAUCUUUCUUACUUUGUGUCUCAUCAUAGUUGUGGUGAUUGUCCUUUACAAGCGCUGCAAGAACCACAAAUUCAAUGGGAAACCAGUACCUAACCCCUCAAAGUAUUUAGAAAAUAUUCACAGUGGAAAUCAAAAGAGCUUGUUGUCAGAAUCUGAACUGGUCUUCGUUCCGCCAUGCGACCUCAUCUCCCCAGUGGAAAUCUGUGAGGAAGCCAUCGUCCCCUCCCUUUCUCCGUCCUCCAGCCCCAACAGCGCCCUGUUUCAUUCCCAGAACUACCCCACUUCUGACUCCAGCGGGAUUGUCUACAACUCAUCCUCACUGUCCAGCUUUUCCAACAUGGGUUACUUCAUGUCCGGCUCCUCCGGGCACUCGUCUCGAACCGAUCCCCACCUGGCAUACUUCACGUACAACGAACCUUUCCACACCCUGCCCACCGCCCCCCAUUCCCCACUGCAUGACACGUUCUCCUCUGGUUUGGACUAUGAGAGUCUGAAGAGGGAGCCAGAGAGUCCAGAUUCAGGUUUUGGCAUCAUGGAGGAACAGGAAAAAGAUUUGAAAGAGCACACUUCUCCCUUAAUCAUCUUUUCUCUUCAUUUGCCUUCUCAUACUCAUCCCCCUUCCUCCUCCCCUCCUCCUCCUCCUCCUCCUUGUCAUCCUCCUGCUGUACCUCAGAUUUUCUCUACCAGACAGGAUCUGGAUGUAUCAGAGACUGCUGCUGCUGCUGSUGGUMGUGGGAGCUCUGCUGCUCAACCUGCUGCUGCCAUGUGCAGGUCUUCCUCCAUGCCAGUAGAGCCCUUUAAAUCAGACUAUUUGACACUUAAAGAACUACAGACAACAUUCAGCAAUAAAUCCAUCUAA